AGCAUGUCUGUAAUGAGGAGGAGGUUCUCAUUGACCAGCAGCUCUGUCCCCAGGAGAGGAACUCCAGUCUGGACCAAGAGGAACAAGAACCUCCACAGAUUAAUGAGGAACAGGAGGAAAUGUGCACCAGUCAGGAAGGAGAGCAGCUCGUACUGAAGCAGGAGACUGAAACCUGCAUGUUGACUCCUCAUGGUGAGGAAAGUGACCACAGAGAACCAGACGGUGAGCACCAGCUCCUCUCUCACAACUCUCCUGUAGCUGAGAGCCAAGAUGAGAACAGAAGAAAACAUGUGGAUUCAGGAUCAACAGGAAAUGAAGAACCAAAACCACAGAAGAGUUUUCAUGAAAACAGGAGUCACAGUAGCAAUGUGGCCAACUCUCCCAAAUCAGAGAUUAACUCUAUUACUCACACAGGUAAAAAGUCUAUCAAAUGUGACACUUGUGGAAAAACCUGUGUGUCUAAGUCUAAAUUGAAGAUUCACCUGAGAACUCACACAGGUGAGAAGCCAUUUCAGUGCAAAAUAUGUCAGACACGUUGUGUGAAAAGUGGUGAUUUGAAAGUCCACAUGAGAAUUCACACUGGUGAGAAGCCAUAUUCUUGCCAAUCAUGUUCUAAAUGUUUUUCAACUAGUAGUCAUUUCAAGGUCCACAUGAGGAGUCACACUGGUGAGAAGCCAUAUUCCUGCAAUAUAUGUCAGAAACGUUUUGUAAGGGGUUGUAAUUUGAAGGUUCAUAUGAGAACUCACACAGUUGAGAAGCCAUAUUCUUGCCAAUCAUGUGAUAAAUGUUUUUCAACUAGUAGUCAUUUCAAGCUCCACAUGAGGUUUCACACUGGUGAGAAGCCAUUUUCCUGCAAUAUAUGUCAGAAACGUUUUGUAAGGAGUUAUGAUUUGAAGGUUCAUAUGAGAAUUCACACUGGUGAGUAGGGCUGCUCAAUUAAUCGAAAUAUAAUCGUGAUUACGAUUAUUGGGUCAAACGAUCUCCAAACUACUAUAAUCGAGUUGAAACGAUUAUUUGGCAUUUUUUUCUAAAGUGACGCGCAUGCGCAAUUUAGUCCCUCCCCUAAAGCAUUCAACGCCGCUGACUGGCUCUCACUCUCAAGCAGCUGUGAAGUGAAGGAGGCGAGUUUUGUGCGUGGGGACCGGAGGUAUUUAAAAAACAGCGCGAGUGGAAAAUGGCAGAGGGAGGGCAGCCCCGUCUGAUCGACUCUUCGAAUCCGACAAGCAGCGGCACCACACAGUGUAGCGGCCGCGCCGUGCAGCGUCCACUC